AGCUGGGGUACGUGGUUAGCGAGCCGCUAGCUAUCGCAAGCCCGUCCAUCGUUACACCAUCCACUUCCUCGACUAUCAAUGACAUCCACUUCGAUGCCACCUCACAUGCAACCGUGAUACACGCUGAUUGUUCGGCCAAAUGUGAUGAUCACCGUGUUACCUCGAUCCCACACUCCACUCAACCUAAGCAAUUGGACAACGUGCCUUAUGGCGAUGAUACAGGUCGUGCAAGGCAAGUUUGCCCGCCAUCGAUGACUCAACAGAAUCAUCGCAUGAAGAUAGGCGUAGGGAUGUAAUCGCGAUAGAAGUAGUAAACGGGCUGCAAGUCUCUUUGUAACAGGUAUCGAGUUUGCUCGCCCAGGCACAACUUACCACUCCUUCCACUUCCAGUCGAUUCUUGAACCAAUAUACGCUUUUUUCCCAUCCAACAAGGGUCUACUACCUAGCAGGAAACUAGGCUCUCGCGACCGACAAUGCCAUCGGUUGCACCAGUGCAUCCUGGGAGUUUCUCGGGCGUCAUCAAAUUCACCAACUGCUUAUUGGUAAAAGGCAAUGCUUUGGUCAACCAAGACUUAUGGAUAAGCUCUAAGAGCGGCAAAGUUCUAAACGGACAAGAGAUUCUCUACGAGUAUCGCACUGCACCGGAACAAAUUGUCGAUUUGGGUGGACGCGUCCUCUCGCCAGGUCUCAUUGAUACCCAACUCAAUGGCGCAUACGGUUUCGACUUCUCCGUGCUCCCAGAUGAAGGCACAUCGGCCUACGCCAAGGGAGUGCAUCGAGUCAAUCGAAGCUUAGUUGCAACGGGUGUCACAUCAUAUCUGCCAACCUUGACUUCACAACUACCAGAGGUUUACCAACAGACCCUGCCAUUCCUAGGGCCCUCAGGCGCCGCUCGCGAUGCAUCAUACGGAUCAGAAUCUCUCGGUGCCCAUUGCGAAGGACCGUUCCUGAGCCCUACUAAGAACGGCAUCCACAAUGCUCUUGUCCUACGCGAACCAACAAACAACGCCUCCGACCUGGAAGCCUGUUACGGCAGCGACAACCUGCAAAAGCCCUCGCCCAUUAAGCUUAUCACCCUUGCACCCGAACUUCCCGGUGCCCUCUCAUCCAUCCCCCAUCUCAACUCCCUCGGUAUACACGUUUCAAUAGGGCACUCGGAAGCAACCUACGAAGAAGCAAAAUCAAGCAUAAAAUCUGGUGCACGAAUGAUAACUCACCUCUUCAACGCUAUGCGUCCUCUUCACCACCGCAAUCCUGGCAUCUUCGGCCUCCUCGGCACACCGUCGUCGUCUAUCCAGAAACCAUAUUUUGGUAUCAUCGCGGACGGCAUUCAUCUUCACCCGACUUCUAUAAAGAUAGCAUGGAAUGCUCAUCCAGAUGGUCUGAUUCUCGUUACCGAUGCCAUGGGGUUGGCAGGUAUGCCCGAUGGGACAUAUGAUUGGACAAACGGGUCGCGAAUCGUCAAGCAGGGCCCGUUGCUAACACUCGAGGAGAAUGGUAAAAUUGCGGGAAGUAGCAUUCAACUUGUGGACUGUGUUAGCAACUUCUUGAAUUGGACGGGGGCUAGUGUGCCCGAGGCCCUCAAGGCGGUCACUGAGACACCGGCGAAGAUGCUGGGACUACAGGGUAUCAAGGGCACGUUGGAGGAGGGUGCAGAUGCAGACUUGGUGGUAUUAGAUUUGCAGGAAGAUGAGGGCGGGGAAAAGAAAUUCGUUGUGGAUGAGGUGUGGAAGUUUGGGGUUAGAGUUUUCGAUCGGACGCAGGACGAGUGAUCAAAACACUCUUUCACAAUUGGCAUGGUUGUCUUGUCGUAUGCACAGUCAGUUUGUUGUGUAGCAGUUAGGGUGUUUCUAAAGAACGGCAUUAGUAGCGCAACAUCAGCACCAUACACCCAAAAACGACAACCCUCAUAAUGUAAAUAAUCUUGUUCUUCUA